AAUUGACUCCAUCUAUAAGACCAACAUUGAAUAAAAACAGAAAAAUUACUAGUCGAAUUUUAUUACUUAACAAUUAAAGUAGUAAGUAAUCCAUGGAUAGAGGAAAACGAAGAUCCGGAGAAUUAGAUUCAGAAGAAGAAGAAGAAGAGUUUAAGGUUGAGGAUCUUAAUGAAGAAAUUUCCAAUUCCAACAAAUUAUAUGCGUCUAAUUGGAAGAAUCGGUUGAAGCUGCUGCGGAAUUACUCUACUCUUGACAACAGUAGUACUGUUAGUGUUAGAAAUAAUAAUAGUAGUAGAAGCAGGGGACGCAGAGAUCACUGCUAUGGAUUUAUUAUUCACCCUGAUAAUUGGUGGUACAUACUGUGGACGCAGUUCAUUCUGAUAUGGGCGGUGUACUCCUCCUUCUUCACUCCCCUGGAGUUUGGCUUCUUCAGAGGACUCCCGGAAAACCUGUUCCUUCUCGAUAUCGCCGGCCAAAUUGCUUUCCUCAUCGACAUCGUCGUUCUCUUCUUUGUUGCCUAUCGAGACUCUCAUUCUUACUGCAUGAUCUACGAUCGUAAACUCAUUGCCAUUCGGUUUGUACACUUUUGACUUGCGAAGUAUCUUUGUUUUUAAUCGCCGAUUUUGAUUGUACUGAACAGUAUGAACCCUUGGAUAAUUUGCAUAGGUACUUGAAAUCUCGU